AUUGCCAAAUGCUGAUGGAGAUAAAGAGAUUUUUUAUUCGUCAUUAGUGCAGUCUGGCUGUGAUGUCAUGAGCUCAGUGUAAUUUAUUUAUUUUGUAUCGCAGUGAUUGAUAAUGCUUGAUAUUUUGAACGUGCACUUCACGGCGCAGUGGAGGGCAGUUAUUCAAAUCUGGCUGGUUUUAAAACCUAAUCACUGUAAGAGAACUCAUGUUUGUAUCUACCGAAGAUAGACACGUGUCUGAUGAUGUUUCCACAUAAAACUAUUUUAGAUUGUGAUUUUGGAUUUACAAUUAGCAACCUAAUUUGGGACAAAAUCCCAUUUGUUUUAACAUAAUAGCCAAGUACAUGGGUGUUACUACUACAGCCUUUUAAAUAUAUAUUUUUACUAACCUUAUUUGUCCAAAUUGCACCGUGCAUCCUGAAACGGUCACCAUAAUAAGAAUGCGUUUGAAUCAGACAGUGGUGCAGUGUGGGAGGGGGGGCAUGAAUCAUCUGGUGUUUUCAUAUGAAUAGGCGUUUUUAAGGUUGAAUUUCAAUAGAAAGGGGGCAAUAUUUGGGUGCAUUACGCAGAAACAAUAAGGAAAAUAAUUUAAUAUAUAAUGAAGUUAAAAAAACCUGUUUUCGCAUAACAACAGGCAUUAACAUCUUCAAAUUAUUAUUGUUGCAGUUUUAUUAUUAUCAUCAUUAUCAUUCGCAUUCGGUUUGUUGUAUUUCACUCUGUAUUUACAUGACAGGAUGCCACAGUUGGCAGUUUUUACGCAGCGUUACGAAAGUACUCUGUGUCGGCCUAUCGGCUCUCUCCGGGCAGCAGCACUGGCCUGCUUCUGCUUUUAUCGGUUCGGGCUUCAUAUCUUCACCAGCAGUGUGUCCGGAUGCCACGGCCGUGUGGUGUCUAAUCGAGCCAGGGCAUGUGGCGCUUUGAUUUCCUGCCCUUCAUUUACUGAUAGGCUGCUUCGCCUGAAGCCGAAAAGCGCUGCUCUGACUGAAAAUGUGUUGAGUGCGGUCUGCAGCUGUCACAGAGCCAGAUUGUGUCAUCGUGUUAAAUCUGAUGAGUCCUGGAUGAAACCGAUCUGGGUCUCCAAAAGUGUGUUUCAGUGGAGAAUGGACGAUUUGACUUGAGCUGAUUUAUUGAUAAAGACAUGUGGGUGCAGAGGAUGCUGUACUCAUACAGUGCGUAAAACAGGGCGAUCUAUAAUGUCAUCCUAUUUUUGACACAAAAAGUUAUUGCCGGGAAGCACAAAAAUAGACUGAUGUUCACAGACAGUGCCAGUAACAUCAAAUAUUAAUGAUUUCCAUUGUGCUACUCAAUCUCUCCCUCUGCAUUUUGGGAUUUACUAAUGCACCUGCAGUGGAUACAAAGCACCAGGACGCACGAAUCUAUCCUUUGUCCGGUGCGUAAUGACGCGCUACAAUCUGCGUCUUGGUCAAACAAAAAACACAAACUGUCUGUUACUUCUUCCUUUUAAGCACUAUGCUCAGGGUAAUGUGAAAUUGCCACCGCAGGCGUUAGCACGGCGAGUGUCUGUCACAUAAUGACAGCCUAAACGGCCUAACUGACCACCAGACCGCGACGGAACUCCGCCAGUUUGUCAUAUCCUACAGGCCGAGGAAAAGGUCAAACACACUCCUGAUAAACCUGCAGGGAUGCACAAUAACUGUAUGUAUUUUUAAGUGAUUAUGAUCUAUAUUACGCAGAAGAGGACCCUGUAGGUUCAGAGUUUCCCGCGCCCCUUUAUUUUACCACUACGUACUAAACGCAUGCUCUCAGCAGCAGGCACCCUGGGGUGCACCUCCGUGUUUCCUCUCCCUCUGUCAGAUUGAGUAAGGCGCUGAUAAGGCCUGUAUCACUCCUCCUGAUUGCCAGGAGCUCCUCUGGAGACACGAGCUGCAGUCUGAUCCGAGGGGUGGGGGGGACCACCAGCUGCAGGCGGAGAGUUCAAUGCUGCAAAAAAGUCCGGCUUCAAAAAGUCACUUCUUGUCUGUAAAAAACAACUGCUGAUAACUCCACGGCUGUUUCUCGAAACAAAAGCAGGGCAAAGGCGAGUCACUCCGUCAUGUGUUGUCAAGUCAAGUCCUGAGAUGAGUGAAUCUGUAUUGAGGUGAAACGACGUCGCCCCCGCUGCAGACUUCUCUCCUGAUACCUGUAACCCCUUAACUAUGUGUUGACAAAAACACCGCAGGCGGAUAUUCUUUGCAGCGCACGGAGCGGAGGAGUCUAUGCAGUGACACCUGUCCGCGCAACACCUGGCAGACGGGACGGACGCUGUGCGCAUGCUCCGUGGUCAGGUUGAAAUCUCUUAAAGCACUCGGACUCGCACCUCGCCACCAGUGGAGAAGAGACGGAGCAGCAGCGUCCACCUGAGGACUCCUCUCUCCGCAGCUGGAAUACUCUCACUGAUUUGUCCGCUCUCAGAUCAGAGAUGCCUCGCUCCUUCAUGGUGAAGAGUAAGAGGGCGCACAGUUACCACCAGCCCCGGAGUCUGGAGGAUGACUACAGCAGGCUGGACACUAUACUGGCGCACAUAUGCUCAGAUGCUGAGUGUCCCCCGUGCGUCCUCUCAGACUCAGAUAAGCUCCAAGAUGAUACCGACAUGUCGGUGGACAGGUACGGUCUCUCACCGGACUCCCACCUGGCCGACGCUGCUGAUUUCUCCCCGAAGUCCCCGCUGAGCUGCGCCGACAGUCUGUGCGGUCGCUCCCCAGACUACGAGGACUUAUGGAGGCCUCCGUCCCCCUCUGCAUCCCCGGUUGAUUCUGAGAAAUCCCUGUCUCCUCUGGUGGAUGAGACGCAGCCCUUCACCGUCCCCUUCCGGCCAUAUGCCUGGAGCAGCUACCCGGGGCCAGGGCCUGGGCUGAGGCCGCUGGUGCCGCCGAGCCUCCACCCCGGCAUGGAGGUGGACAGGAGCCCGGCGGCGCUGGCCUUCUACGGGGACCGGAGCAGCCACCCAGCCCUGUACGCAGAGCGUGCUCUGGGCGAGGAGGCGUAUGGUGACUACAGGAGGCACGCUGCUGCUCUGCUGUUUCCUGACGGAGGCCUGCAUGGAAAAAGCCAGAGUGUGAAAGCCCAGUCUGACCUGCUGUGCUCCAGUCUGAUCCUCAAUGGCGCUUACAAGUGUAUCAAGUGCAGUAAGGUGUUUUCUACUCCGCACGGUUUGGAAGUCCACGUCCGCAGAUCGCACAGUGGCACGAGGCCAUUUGCAUGUGAUAUCUGCGGCAAAACCUUCGGACACGCAGUCAGCCUGGAGCAACACAAAGCCGUGCACUCUCAGGAAAGAAGUUUCGACUGCAAAAUAUGCGGUAAAAGUUUCAAGAGGUCGUCGACUCUGUCUACGCAUCUGCUCAUCCACUCCGACACUCGGCCGUACCCCUGCCAGUACUGCGGGAAGAGGUUCCACCAGAAGUCGGACAUGAAGAAACACACUUUUAUCCACACAGGUGAGAAGCCACACAAAUGCCAGGUGUGUGGUAAAGCCUUCAGCCAGAGCUCCAACCUCAUCACACACAGCAGGAAACACACCGGAUACAAACCUUUCGGCUGCGACCUGUGCGGCAAAGGUUUCCAGAGGAAAGUGGAUCUGAGGAGACACAAAGAGACGCAGCACGGACUGAAAUGA